AUGUCGUCGAAGAGUGUACUGCCGGUCGUGCGACUGGACAGCCGUCUGGACUCGUCGGCCGACUGUCCCUUUGAGGCGAUAAUCACCGGCGCGUUGACUGAACUCCGAUCGAGAGAUGAUAUGCGGAGGAAGAAAGGGAUCCAUUGGUUGCGGCAAUACAUCAAUCAGGAUAUGGCGGACGUGACCGACGAGGAGAUGAAGACUUUCUACGACCUGUCGAUAAACAAGAUCUUUGACCUCAUGAUCGGUUCCGGUGCUAACAAUGCCAAUGACAUCAAAGCCGGUAUAUUCUUGAUGUGCAUUCUUCUGGACUCAGCCAAACAAGUCAUUUACGCCCCCUUUGCCAACCACUUGCGGAACCUGAACCACAACUUCUCCGAUAUGGAGCUCUUGGACCUCUCGGCCUGUGCUGUCGGCAAGAUUGCCAUCACGUCCGGUGCCGUGACCUCCAAUUUCGUGGACUUCGAGGUCAGGCGCGCCAUUGAACUCAUCUCCACCGACAAGAAUGAGACCAAACGACACACAGCGGUGCUCAAUCUUCGGGAGUUGGCGAACGUGACGCCGACCUACUUCUUCAGUCACGUGACCCUAUUCUUCGAGAAUAUAUUUCUGGCCAUAAAUGACCCCAAAAUCCGUGACUCCGCGGUCUCUGCCCUGCGAUCGGCGCUAUAUGUGGUCGCAGACAGAGAGCGCAUAUCACAUGAUGUCAGAGAUAACAGACCGCGAAGUGAUCAACAGAUCCCUAAUUUCUUUAAGACCUGCUAUGAAGAAGUGAUUAAAGGCUUCAACAGCACUCAGAGGGAAAGGGAGGACCAAAUACACGCCUCCCUUCUCAUCCUCAAUGAGAUUCUUCGCUGUUCUAACGAUUCCGGCGAUACGAUUGACCGCGAAUUAGAGCAUAAAUACAAUCAAAUAAUUGAAAGUCAAAAUAAUCUCAAAACGAGUCAAUUGUCGAAACUAUUCAGAAGUCAUACGAAUAUUCAAUCGCAACCAACCGUCCCUUCGUAUGGUUUACGAGAUUUGAAUUCUGUUGUCAAGUAUCACAAAGAGAUGGGAAUCGCACUCAUCCCCUCUUCGCAGCACAAAUACCGACCCCCAAAGCUGAGUCAAACGUGUCGGGAGUUGUUGUUAGAGAAAUUUGACGAAAUAUGCAAACAUGUUAUGAAUCAAUUGCAGUACAGAAACUCACAGAAUAUAAUUCACGUGAUUUUAAUAGUCAUUCCAAGUCUGGCCGCUUUGAAUCCCGAAAAGUUUGUCAGAUAUAGUCGGCAGUCCAUCGACUACUUGCUGAACAACCUUCGGGUGUCGCCCUCCCGUUCCCUCGCAUUCAUCUCUUUAGGUCUAUUGACAAUUGCCAUGAACCCUGUGAUGGGUGGUACCAUAAGAAAGAACCAUUUGCAGCCAAUAUUGCUAACAAUACGCCAAACACUGCCGUCGAAAGAACAUCAGCCUAAGAAACGUCUGCCACAACCCGACCCAACGGUGUUCACAUGUCUGGCGCUGUUAUGUCAAGCGUUUGGUAAUGAUAUACAAACUGAAGUCAAAGACUUAUUGGACUCAAUGUUUUCGACGGGACUAUCGGAAGCGUUGGCCGCAGCGCUGCACGAGAUAUGCAAAUACAUUCCAGCCCUCAAAAAGGACAUUCAGGACGGACUGCUCAAGAUGUUGAGUCAGAUACUUAUGAAAAAGGCGUAUACAUUGCCUGGAGUACCCAAACAUUUGCAGCUCAGCUCCAUGUCCUUAAACUGCGAGCCCGUCGACGUUCAGACAACAAUCUUAGCGCUCAAAGUGUUGGGUCAGUUCGACUUCGAGCCCCGACCUCUUAUGCAAUUUGUCCGCCACUGCGCCGACACUUAUCUUACGGAUGAGAACCGAGAAGUGAGACUCGAAGCGGUCCGCACGUGUUGUCAAUUACUAACGCCGGCGCUCAUGAAAGAGCAGUCAAAGCAUUCGCAAACUCUUGUCAUUACUAUUCAGGAUGUUUUGAGUAAAUUACUGAUUAUAGGCAUAACUGACGCCGAUAUGUAUGUCCGCUAUUCAGUGCUAUCAAGUCUUGAUGAGCGGUUUGACAUGCAUUUGGCUCAGGCGGAGAACCUGAACGCACUGUUUAUAUGUCUAAACGACGAGGUGUUUGAGAUCAGGGAACUGGGCUUAUGUACGAUCGGACGACUCAGUAGUCUAAACCCCGCGUAUGUCAUGCCAUCGCUGCGAAAGGUUUUGCUUCAAUUGUUAACCGAAUUAGAAUACUCUGGCAUUUGUCGAAACAAAGAGCAAAGCGCUAAGAUGUUGGGCCACUUGUUGGCCACAACCCCGCGACUAAUCAGACCAUACACUGAACCCAUACUUAAAGUAUUUCUGCCAAAACUCAAAGACCCGUCUCAGUCGGUGGUCACAGCAGUGCUCAGCGCUAUCGGCGAGCAGGCGAUAGUGAGCGGCACUGAAAUGAAGAAAUGGAUCGACGAGUUGUUUCCCAUCAUUUUGGACGCCAUUCAAGACUCGUCGUCCCACCAGAAGCGUGAGGUCGCGCUCUGGACGUUAGGCCGUUUGGUCGAGAACUCUGGUUAUGUGGUGGAGCCCUAUUGGAAAUACCCCAACCUUUUGGAUAUUUUAUUCAAUUUAUUAAAGUCUGAAUCGACUCAAAGCUCACAACUGAUCCGACGCGAGACCAUACGUGUGUUGGGACUCAUCGGUGCUGUCGAUCCCUAUCGGCAUAAAGUCAAUUUGGGAGUCAUUGACCAAUCGGGUGAUCCGCUCAUAGCGCACGACCCUAUCAUAGAUCAAGAAUUCAAUGCACACGAGAUGCUGUCCAAUCUUGCGUCCACUUUCGAUGACUUCUACUCAGCGCAGGCUAUCUCCACAUUAAUGCGUGUAAUGAGAGAUCAGGCGCUCAGCGGUCACCACACUAUGGCUGUACAGGCGGUCGCCUUCAUUUUCAAUGUGUUAGGCGUGCGGUCUGUGCCAUACAUUCAACACGUUUUGCCGCCUUUUAUUAAUAUCAUCCGUACGGGUGAACCGCAUAUCAGAGAAUUCCUUUUGCAACAAUUGGGACAAAUGAUAGCUAUCGUCAAAAUUCAUAUCCGGAACUAUUUGGAGGACAUCUUCCGAGUGGUGCGCGAGUUCUGGACCGCAAACUCUCCGAUGCAGACAACACUCAUCAAUGUCGUCGAGCAGAUCGUUAUAGCACUCGGCGGCGAGUUUAAGAUAUACGUGCCGUAUCUCAUCCCUCACAUACUCCGGGUGUUUGCAAACGACAAGAGUGUUCGCCGCAGUGUUACUGUCAAACUGCUCAAUGCUUUGCAAAGCUUUGGCACAAAUCUAGACGACUAUUUGCAUCUAUUGAUCCCUCCAAUCGUCAGACUCUUCGAGUCGAGUGAUAUUAAGGACAGUGACGUGAAGAUUGCGGCCCUCAAGACAAUUGACGUCCUCUCAGAGGACUUACAGAUAACGGAACUCUCGCCGCGAAUAAUACACGCAAUCGUUCGGACUAUUGAUAGCAAUUCGUCUGAUAGAGAUUUGGUAAAUCAAGCGAUGGAUACGUUGACAGCCGUUGUCCUUCAGCUGAACCGUCGGUACCAGAUAUUCAUACCUAUGGUCAGCAAAGUUCUGCAGAAACACAAAAUAAGUCAUCAGAAGUACGAUAUACUGGUCACUAAAAUCAGCGACGGAUCAACUGUUGGCAACUCGGAUGACGACCCGAUUAUGUCGGGCAAGAGACACAUAAAACGCGGGAGAAAUCAAUUCAAAGACCCCAUCGGAGGAGUGCCGGACCGCAAACUGAAUCCCGUCUUAUUGACUGAUUUGCAGAGGGCGUGGACUCAAUGUCCGCGACGUGUGUCCAAAGAGGAUUGGUUGGAGUGGCUGAAGAUACUCAACAUUGAUUUGAUUCGUGAAUCGCCGGCACUGGCGAUCAGGUCGUGCUUCCCAUUGGCUCAGGCGUGUAGUUCAGUGGCCAGAGACCUGUUUAACCCGGCAUUCCUUAGCUGUUGGAACGAACUGAAUGAAGAGCACCAACAGGAUUUGAUUCAAUCAAUCCAAGACGCGUUGAUGCAACAGGACAUCCCCGAAGUGACUGGAAUUCUGUUGAAUUUGGCCGAAUUCAUGGAACACGUCGAUAGGGGACCCCUUCCUCUCAAUGAGAAGACAUUGGCCGAGAGAGCCAUCAAAUGUCGUGCGUUUGCCAAAGCAUUGCACUAUAAGGAAGAGGAGUUCCAUAAGGGCCCGACCACUGACGUGUUGGGCGCUCUCAUUAGUAUCAACAAUAAGCUCCAACAACCGGAAGCAGCGGUCGGUGUCUUAGAGUACGCCAACAAAAACCAAUUCAAUGAAAUCGAAGUGAAAGAGCGCUGGUAUGAGAAACUACACGAUUGGGAGAACGCACUGAAGGCGUAUAAACUGAAGUCAGACAAAGACCCUAAAGAUGUGGAGUCAAUAGUGGGACAAAUGCGGUGUUUGGAAGUGCUGUCCGAAUGGAAUAAGUUGUAUAACUUAGCGCUCGUGUCGUUCCCUGACGUGAAUCAGGAGAAUAAGCAGAAGAUGGCCCGAAUGGCAUCGACUGCCGCCUGGGGUUUAGGCCAUUGGCCGCAAAUGGAGGAAUACACCAAAAACAUAGCCGCAGACACUCCCGACUCUGCCUUUUAUCAGGCGAUACUUCAGAUCCAUUACCAAAACUAUAGUAGAGCUCAGACUCUUAUAGACAAAGCGAGGAAAUUAAUUGACACUGAGUUGACUACAAUGGCGGGCGAGUCAUACAACAGGGCGUACGCACCUAUGGUUCAGGUGCAGAUGAUGUCCGAACUCGAGGAAGUGAUUCAAUACAAAUUGGUUCCCGAGAGGCGCGAAAUGAUUUGCCAGAAAUGGUGGCAACGACUUCAGGGCUGUCAGCGAGCAGUGGAGGACUGGCAGAAGAUACUACAGGUGCACUCACUGGUGCUUCAACCGCACGAAGACAUGCGAUCGUAUCUCAAGUUUGCCAAACUCUGCCAAAGGAGUGGUCGAUUACAGCUGUCGUACCGAACACUGGUAUCACUUAUGGACACUGACCCCUCAAAUCUUGUGACUGGCGUUCCCCUGCCCACCACAUACCCAAUGGUGACCUUCAGAUAUAUCGAGCACUUAUGGAUCUCUGGCCAGAAGGAGGAGGCGUUCAAUCAAUUGGCGCACUUCACUCAAGUGGCUCUCAUUCCGCAAAACAUUCACUUCUUAACCACUGAUGAGAGCCAACAAAUACAUCAAAGGAAUGAAUUAAACAAACUGUUGUCACGUUGUUAUCUAAAGUUAGGCCAAUGGCACGAAAAUCUUCAGGGAAUCAAUGAGAACUCCAUUAACGUAAUACUUCAGUACUAUUUGGCGGCCACUGACCGCGAUAACAAUUGGUACAAAGCGUGGCAUUCGUGGGCUUACAUGAACUUCGAAGCCGUCAACUUCUACAAGGGUCUCCACUCGUCAGCAGAAGGACAGUCACCUACGGAACCGACGACUGCCACCUCGUCUCCCGUGGGUUCACUACAACCGCUCAAAACAAAAUACGUUCGCGAAUACUGUGUGCCAGCAGUUCAUGGAUUUUUCCGAUCAGUAUCUCUGGCUCAUGGAUCUAGUCUUCAGGACACUCUCAGGAUUCUCACGAUUUGGUUCGAAGAAGGACAGCACCAGGAGGUGUACGACGCACUCGCUGAAGGCAUUAAGACAGUGCCCAUUGAGACAUGGCUUCAGGUAGUCAUCCCUCAACUCAUAGCCCGAAUCGAUACAACCCGUCAAUUGAUUGCGCGGCUAAUCCAUCAGUUACUCAUUGAUAUCGGCAAACAUCAUCCGCAGUCACUGAUAUACCCGCUGACAGUGGCGUCGAAGGCAUCGGCGUCUGGACGUCAGGCGUCGGCCAAAAAGAUAUUAGACAUAAUGCAAGUCCAUUCACCAAACUUAGUACAACAGGCGAUGCUUGUCAGCGAAGAGCUCAUCCGAAUCGCCAUUCUUUGGCACGAGUUAUGGCACGAAGGGCUCGAAGAGGCCUCUCGGCUAUACUUCGGCGAACGCAACGUGAGGGGAAUGUUCGACAUUUUGGAUCCAUUGCACCAAAUGUGCGACAGAGGACCGCAAACGCUCAAAGAGAUGAGUUUCAAUCACGCCUACGGCCGCGACCUCAAUGAGGCUCAGGAGUGGUGUCGGAAGUUUCAGGAGAAGGGCAAUGUCAAGGACCUGACCCAAGCCUGGGAUACCUACUAUCAUGUGUUUAGACGGAUAUCCAAACAAUUGCCACAAUUGACGUCUUUAGAGCUUAAAUACGUGUCACCAAAGUUGAUGAACUGCAGGGAUCUGGAGCUGGCAGUGCCCGGCUCUUACAACCCGAACCAACCGCUUAUCCGUAUCGCCAAAGUUGAGCCGCAAUUAAAUGUGAUAACAAGUAAACAACGGCCGCGAAAGCUGUCCAUUAAAGGCAGCGACGGACGCGAUUACAUGUUUCUGUUGAAAGGCCACGAAGACCUGCGUCAGGACGAGCGGGUGAUGCAGUUAUUCGGUUUAGUCAACACUCUGCUCACCGGAGACCCCGAGACAUCGCAACGAAAUUUAGCAAUACAGCGCUACGCAGUGAUCCCAUUGUCGCCCAACUCUGGAUUGAUAGGUUGGGUCCCGCACUGCGAUACACUCCAUACACUCAUUAGGGACUAUCGCGAGAAGAAGAAGAUUUUGUUGAACAUCGAGCACCGGGUGAUGUUGCGAAUGGCGCCCGAUUACGACCACUUGACUCUACUCCAGAAGGUCGAGGUCUUUGAACACGCCUUAGAGCACACCAAUGGCGACGAUUUGGCGAAACUCCUAUGGCUUAAGAGCCCGUCAUCUGAGGUGUGGUUUGAUCGGCGAACCAAUUAUACGAGAAGUCUGUCUGUGAUGUCAAUCGUUGGCUAUGUGUUGGGUUUGGGUGACAGACACCCGUCUAAUCUGAUGUUAGACCGAAUGUCUGGCAAAAUAUUGCACAUCGAUUUCGGCGACUGCUUCGAAGUGGCGAUGACUCGCGAGAAGUUCCCCGAAAAGAUACCCUUCCGAUUGACGCGAAUGUUAAUCAAUGCGAUGGAAGUGACCGGAAUUGAGGGCACGUAUCGCAUAACCUGCGAGAAAGUGAUGCGAGUCUUACGUAAUAACAAGGACUCUCUGAUGGCAGUACUCGAGGCCUUCAUUCACGACCCCAUCUUCUCGUGGAAACUCAUCGAAGCUCAACCAAAGUUGAAGCACUCGAUUGACCUCUUGGACGAAGACGAGGGCGCAGUCGGCGGUGCACUGAACGCCGCGUCCGCUUCUAAGAAGCCGCCCCUUUCGACCUCCAGUUCCACAAUCGGUGGCAUCGCUGAGAGCACUGGUCUUCCGCACGAAGGACUCAAUAAGAAAGCGUUGGCCGUUAUAAACAGAGUGCGCGAUAAGUUGACGGGACGUGACUUUGAGGCCCACUUGACACUCGAAGUGCCUGAACAGGUAGACCUACUCAUACGACAGGCCACCUCCCACGAGAACCUGUGUCAGUGUUAUAUCGGUUGGUGUCCCUUCUGGUGAGACACACCACAAGUAGUCUAUAGUUUGUUAUAUAUUUUUAUUAAAUAAAUCAAUUCAAG